AUGGCUCCAUGGCCCGAGAGGCAAAUCAAGGUCUACAUGUUGAUGGUAUGGCUAUGUGCAGCGGCUUGGACUUCGGCCGUGACGCCCCCGAAUUCCACAUUGGCCGAGUUCGAGCAGUGGAUGGCCCACCACGGACGGAUUUACAAGGAUAAUCUCGAGAAGGCGAAGCGCAAAGCGGCUAAUCAGAGCUACAAAGUGGGUCUGAACCAAUUUUCGGAUUUGACCACGGAAGAGUUUGUCCCGAGAUACACCGGGUUUAGAGCGACGUCGAGGAGCUCGAAAUCAUCCGCGGCCACCACUUUCAAGUACAGUAUGACUCAAGUCCCGGAUAGUUUAAACUGGGUCGAGAAAGGAGUUGUUGGCAGCAUAAAAGAUCAGGGAGAAUGCGGCACUUGCAACGAGCGAGCCGCCUCCAUCGCUGUAGCGCGGUUAAAAGGGUAUGAGAACAUCCCCAGCGCCAUCGAGGGUUUCAGCCCUGGAUUCAAGCAGUACAGCGGGGGCGUCUUCAAUGGCCCUUGUGGGGAGAACAUUAACCACGCCGUUGCAAUCGCCGGAUAUGGGAAGACCCCCGACGGUGUCGACUAUUGGCUGCUCAAGAACUCGUGGGGCGAGACUUGGGGCGAGAAAGGAUACAUGAGAAUUCUGCGGAACUCGGGCGUGCAAGGCAGUCUCUGUGGACUCGUUACGCAAGCUACUCUGCCAGUUGCAUAUUAA